AUGGCUCCAUUCGGAAAGAUCUGGUCCUACAUUCCAAGCCCCCGGGUUAUGAGAAUCCAGGCGGCAGCCAACCUCAACGGCCUGGAGCUCACCUUCCCGGACUUCGUCAUGCGCGAGACCAACCGCACGCCUGAAUUCCUGGCCAAGUUCCCCUACGGCAAAGUGCCCACUUUCGAGGGCGCCGACGGCACCAACCUGUUCGAGACGGAUGCCAUUGCGGAGUAUGUCGCUCUGAGUGGCCCAGCCGCCGAGCAGUUGAUGGGCAGUACUCUUGUCGAGCGCGUCACCAUCCGACAGUGGAUUUGCUUUUCCCACGGUGAAGUCAUGGAGAAUGUCAUCCAGCUGGCAUUGUGGCGGAGGGGGGCCAAGCCCUAUGACGAAGCGGUGGAGAACAACGCCCUCGAGCGCCUGGAGCGUUCGCUCGCCUUCCUCGACUCCCACCUGAAGGACCGCACCUGGCUGUGUAGCGAGGACAAGAUCACCAUGGCUGAUAUCACCCUCGCCUCCGCGCUGGCUUGGGGCUUCUCCAUGGGUAUUGAUGCCGAGAUGCGCUCUAGGUGCCCGGUCACCGUCGCGUGGUACGAGCGCGUUAUUGCCGUCGACGGAGUCAAGCAGGCUUUUGGCGAGAAGAAGUUCAUUGAGAAGCGCCAGGUUCCGAAUAAUUAA